AUGACCACAAGCAUAGUCAUAGCUCAUGGCUCUGGGCAGCUGGUGACCACAAGCAUAGUGCUAGUUCCUGGCUCAGGGCAGAUGGUCUUCGUCCCAUUAUAUACAAGCGCAUCAGAGUACUUUGUAAAUAUGACCGUAAAUGAUUUCAGUCCAGGAAGCAUCAUUGUAAACACAACCGGAGAGUACGAAUACCCCAAUAGUCGGACGGGUAUCGACUUUAUAAACAAUAACUUGACCAGUACUGUUCUGUCUGUGUUUUCAAAUGGACUGAACGCAACUGAACUCAGUUCAACUGCCAGUGUUAAGAAUGUUACAGCUGGGCCUGUGCAGAUAGCAAAUAUAACUCAGAUGGAACCCUAUGUGAAUUGUACUAUAAAUUUUGCUGACUACACUGUGCAGUGCAAUGAGACUUGUAUAUGUGUUGGACCCUGUACUCAGAAUAAUGGUAAUUGCUCGAAUGGCACAACAUGCUACAACCGAGUAAAUGGACCCACUUGCAUUGUAACUUCAGAUAUUACACCAAGUGAUUCCCCAGCCACAGAGCCAUCAACCCUGGCUGAUAGUUCACAUUCUACAGGCAUAACUGAAUCCUCUACAAUGACAGAAUUAUCAAACUCUUCAAGUACAUCUGCCGCUGCAUCUGUGACAGAAUCAGCAACUGCAUCUACAGAGGAAUCAACUCAAAAAACAACAAAACCAGUUGGAUCAACAACAAACAUAGACCCAUCAAAGUUUUCUGGAAUUACAGAAACUCAAGCAUCUAUAAUUAACCACACAACUGAGGUGUCAACCUUAACAGAGUCACAACAGUCUACACCAGCAGAACAAACUUCAACAAACAUAAAAUCAUCAAGCACUUCCAGAACUUCACAAUCGUCCCAUAUUCCACAAACACCAAGUAGAUCCCAAGCCCCAGAGCAAUCAACAGAAUCACAAACAUCAGGAUCUACUCAAAUAACAGAGACAACUGCAUUACCAACAUUUUCCCAAGCCCCAGAGCAAUCAACAGAAUCACAAAAAUCUGAACCUUCUCAAAUAAUAGAGUCAUCUACAUUACCAACAUUUUCACGUUCUCCUGAAUCAUCACAAACAGUAUCUGUGACAGGAUCUGCAACUGCUAAUCUAAUGACUGAUGGCCCAACUUUAACAGAAACAAUACAAACAACUCAAACUUUGGAAUUAUCAACAUUAAUCGGGACAAUUACUUCUGGUAUUACUGAAACCGAGGCAUCACCUGGUUCUCACACAACAGAGGCAUCAUCCUUAUCAGAAUCACCACAUUUCACUCCAACUGUACAUACAUCAACAAUCACGGAGGAAAUACUAAAUACUUCUGGAACAUCACCAGUUGUCCCCACAUCUAGUGCUUCCCAAUCCAAAGUGACAUCAUCCCUCAUAGACACUUCCCAUUCUGCUCAUACAACAGAACCCUCUACAUUGACAGAACUGUCACAUCCAUCUGGUUUAUCACACACUUCAUCUGUGAGCCAGUCAUUGCAAGCUUCUCAUACAACAGAGACUUCAACUUUAACAGAGACUGUGCAAUCAACUAAAGCAAUAGAAUCCACAACAGGAUCAUCCAUUUCUUCAGAAAAUACGGAAAGUCAUGUAACUAGUUCUCCUACAAUCGAAACAUCAACCUUAACAGAGUCACCACAUAUUACUCCAGCAGUACAACCUUCAACAGGCACAGAAACAUCAAGCAUUUCCAGAACUUCACAUUCUUCCCCUGUUACCCAAACACCAAGUAGAUCCCAAGCCCCAGAGCACUCAACAGAAACACAAACAUCAGGAUCUACUCAAAUAACAGAGACAUCUGCAUUACUAACAUUUUCCCAAGCCCUAGAGCAAUCAACAGAAUCACAAAAAUCUGAAUCUUCUCAAAUAACAGAGUCAUCAGCAUUACCAACAUUUUCAGGUUCUCCUGGAUCAUCACAAACAGUAUCUGUGACAGGAUCUGCAACUGCAACUCUAACGACUGAGGGCCCAACUUUAACAGAAACAAUACAAACAACUCAAACUUUGGAGUUAUCAACAUUAAUAGGGACAGUUACUUCUGGUAUUACUGAAACCGAGGCAUCACCUGGUUCUCACACAACAGAGGCAUCAUCCUUAUCAGAAUCACCACAUUUCACUCCAACUGUACAUACAUCAACAAUCAUGGAGGAAAUACCAACUACUUCUGGAACGUCACCAGUUGUCCCUACAUCUAGUGCUUCCCAAUCCAACAUGACAUCAUCCCUCAUAGACACUUCCCAUUCUGCUCAUACAACAGAACCCUCUACAUUGACCGAACUGUCACAUCCAUCUGGUUUAUCACACACUUCAUCUGUGAGCCAGUCAUUGCAAGCUUCUCAUACAACAGAGACUUCAACUUUAACAGAGACUGUGCAAUCAACUAAAGCAAUAGAAUCCACAACAGGAUCAUCCAUUUCUUCAGAAAAUACAGAAAGUCAUGUAACUAGUUCUCCUACAAUCGAAACAUCAACCUUAACAGAGUCACCACAUAUUACUCCAGCAGUACAACCUUCAACAGGCACAGAAACAUCAACCAUUUUCAGAACUUCACAUUCUUCCCCUGUUACCCAAACACCAAGUAGAUCCCAAGCCCCAGAGCAAUCAACAGAAUCACAAACAUCAGGAUUUACUCAAACAACAGAGUCAUCUGCAUUACCAACAUUUUCCCAAGCCCCAGAGCAAUCAACAGAAUCACAAAAAUCUGAACCUUCUCAAAUAAUAGAGUCAUCUACAUUACCAACAUUUUCACGUUCUCCUGAAUCAUCACAAACAGUAUCUGUGACAGGAUCUGCAACUGCUAAUCUAAUGACUGAUGGCCCAACUUUAACAGAAACAAUACAAUCAACUCAAACUUUGGAAUUAUCAACAUUAAUAAGGACAAUUACUUCUGGUAUCACUGAAACCGAGGCAUCACCUGGUUCUCACACAACAGAGGCAUCAUCCUCAUCAGAAUCACCACAUUUCACUCCAACUGUACAUACAUCAACAAUCAUGGAGGAAAUACCAACUACUUCUGGAACGUCACCAGUUGUCCCCACAUCUAGUGCUUCCCAAUCCAAAGUGACAUCAUCCCUCAUAGACACUUCCCAUUCUGCUCAUACAACAGAACCCUCUACAUUGACAGAACUGUCACAUCCAUCUGGUUUAUCACACACUUCAUCUGUGAGCCAGUCAUUGCAAGCUUCUCAUACAACAGAGACUUCAACUUUAACAGAGACUGUGCAAUCAACUAAAGCAAUAGAAUCCACAACAGGAUCAUCCAUUUCUUCAGAAAAUACGGAAAGUCAUGUAACUAGUUCUCCUACAAUCGAAACAUCAACCUUAACAGAGUCACCACAUCUUACUCCAGCAGUACAACCUUCAACAGGCACAGAAACAUCAAGCAUUUCCAGAACUUCACAUUCUUCCCCUGUUACCCAAACACCAAGUAGAUCCCAAGCCCCAGAGCACUCAACAGAAACACAAACAUCAGGAUCUACUCAAAUAACAGAGACAUCUGCAUUACAAACAUUUUCCCAAGCCCCAGAGCAAUCAACAGAAUCACAAAAAUCUGAAUCUUCUCAAAUAACAGAGUCAUCAGCAUUACCAACAUUUUCAGGUUCUCCUGGAUCAUCACAAACAGUAUCUGUGACAGGAUCUGCAACUGCAACUCUAACGACUGAGGGCCCAACUUUAACAGAAACAAUACAAACAACUCAAACUUUGGAGUUAUCAACAUUAAUAGGGACAGUUACUUCUGGUAUUACUGAAACCGAGGCAUCACCUGGUUCUCACACAACAGAGGCAUCAUCCUUAUCAGAAUCACCACAUUUCACUCCAACUGUACAUACAUCAACAAUCAUGGAGGAAAUACCAACUACUUCUGGAACGUCACCAGUUGUCCCUACAUCUAGUGCUUCCCAAUCCAACAUGACAUCAUCCCUCAUAGACACUUCCCAUUCUGCUCAUACAACAGAACCCUCUACAUUGACCGAACUGUCACAUCCAUCUGGUUUAUCACACACUUCAUCUGUGAGCCAGUCAUUGCAAGCUUCUCAUACAACAGAGACUUCAACUUUAACAGAGACUGUGCAAUCAACUAAAGCAAUAGAAUCCACAACAGGAUCAUCCAUUUCUUCAGAAAAUACAGAAAGUCAUGUAACUAGUUCUCCUACAAUCGAAACAUCAACCUUAACAGAGUCACCACAUAUUACUCCAGCAGUACAACCUUCAACAGGCACAGAAACAUCAACCAUUUUCAGAACUUCACAUUCUUCCCCUGUUACCCAAACACCAAGUAGAUCCCAAGCCCCAGAGCAAUCAACAGAAUCACAAACAUCAGGAUUUACUCAAACAACAGAGUCAUCUGCAUUACCAACAUUUUCCCAAGCCCCAGAGCAAUCAACAGAAUCACAAAAAUCUGAACCUUCUCAAAUAAUAGAGUCAUCUACAUUACCAACAUUUUCACGUUCUCCUGAAUCAUCACAAACAGUAUCUGUGACAGGAUCUGCAACUGCUAAUCUAAUGACUGAUGGCCCAACUUUAACAGAAACAAUACAAUCAACUCAAACUUUGGAAUUAUCAACAUUAAUAAGGACAAUUACUUCUGGUAUUACUGAAACCGAGGCAUCACCUGGUUCUCACACAACAGAGGCAUCAUCCUCAUCAGAAUCACCACAUUUCACUCCAACUGUACAUACAUCAACAAUCAUGGAGGAAAUACCAACUACUUCUGGAACGUCACCAGUUGUCCCCACAUCUAGUGCUUCCCAAUCCAAAGUGACAUCAUCCCUCAUAGACACUUCCCAUUCUGCUCAUACAACAGAACCCUCUACAUUGACAGAACUGUCACAUCCAUCUGGUUUAUCACACACUUCAUCUGUGAGCCAGUCAUUGCAAGCUUCUCAUACAACAGAGACUUCAACUUUAACAGAGACUGUGCAAUCAACUAAAGCAAUAGAAUCCACAACAGGAUCAUCCAUUUCUUCAGAAAAUACGGAAAGUCAUGUAACUAGUUCUCCUACAAUCGAAACAUCAACCUUAACAGAGUCACCACAUCUUACUCCAGCAGUACAACCUUCAACAGGCACAGAAACAUCAAGCAUUUCCAGAACUUCACAUUCUUCCCCUGUUACCCAAACACCAAGUAGAUCCCAAGACCCAGAGCACUCAACAGAAACACAAACAUCAGGAUCUACUCAAAUAAUAGAGACAUCUGCAUUACAAACAUUUUCCCAAGCCCCAGAGCAAUCAACAGAAUCACAAAAAUCUGAAUCUUCUCAAAUAACAGAGUCAUCAGCAUUACCAACAUUUUCAGGUUCUCCUGGAUCAUCACAAACAGUAUCUGUGACAGGAUCUGCAACUGCAACUCUAACGACUGAGGGCCCAACUUUAACAGAAACAAUACAAACAACUCAAACUUUGGAGUUAUCAACAUUAAUAGGGACAGUUACUUCUGGUAUUACUGAAACCGAGGCAUCACCUGGUUCUCACACAACAGAGGCAUCAUCCUUAUCAGAAUCACCACAUUUCACUCCAACUGUACAUACAUCAACAAUCAUGGAGGAAAUACCAACUACUUCUGGAACGUCACCAGUUGUCCCUACAUCUAGUGCUUCCCAAUCCAACGUGACAUCAUCCCUCAUAGACACUUCCCAUUCUGCUCAUACAACAGAACCCUCUACAUUGACAGAACUGUCACAUCCAUCUGGUUUAUCACACACUUCAUCUGUGAGCCAGUCAUUGCAAGCUUCUCAUACAACAGAGACUUCAACUUUAACAGAGACUGUGCAAUCAACUAAAGCAAUAGAAUCCACAACAGGAUCAUCCAUUUCUUCAGAAAAUACAGAAAGUCAUGUAACUAGUUCUCCUACAAUCGAAACAUCAACCUUAACAGAGUCACCACAUAUUACUCCAGCAGUACAACCUUCAACAGGCACAGAAACAUCAACCAUUUCCAGAACUUCACAUUCUUCCCCUGUUACCCAAACACCAAGUAGAUCCCAAGCCCCAGAGCACUCAACAGAAACACAAACAUCAGGAUCUACUCAAAUAACAGAGACAUCUGCAUUACCAACAUUUUCCCAAGCCCCAGAGCAAUCGACAGAAUCACAAAAAUCUGAACCUUCUCAAAUAAUAGAGUCAUCUACAUUACCAACAUUUUCACGUUCUCCUGAAUCAUCACAAACAGUAUCUGUGACAGGAUCUGCAACUGGUAAUCUAAUGACUGAUGGCCCAACUUUAACAGAAACAAUACAAUCAACUCAAACUUUGGAAUUAUCAACAUUAAUAGGGACAAUUACUUCUGGUAUUACUGAAACCGAGGCAUCACCUGGUUCUCACACAACAGAGGCAUCAUCCUUAUCAGAAUCACCACAUUUCACUCCAACUGUACAUACAUCAACAAUCAUGGAGGAAAUACCAACUACUUCUGGAACGUCACCAGUUGUCCCCACAUCUAGUGCUUCCCAAUCCAAAGUGACAUCAUCCCUCAUAGACACUUCCCAUUCUGCUCAUACAACAGAACCCUCUACAUUGACAGAACUGUCACAUCCAUCUGGUUUAUCACACACUUCAUCUGUGAGCCAGUCAUUGCAAGCUUCUCAUACAACAGAGACUUCAACUUUAACAGAGACUGUGCAAUCAACUAAAGCAAUAGAAUCCACAACAGGAUCAUCCAUUUCUUCAGAAAAUACGGAAAGUCAUGUAACUAGUUCUCCUACAAUCGAAACAUCAACCUUAACAGAGUCACCACAUAUUACUCCAGCAGUACAACCUUCAACAGGCACAGAAACAUCAAAAAUUUUCAGAACUUCACAUUCUUCCCCUGUUACCCAAACACCAAGUAGAUCCCAAGCCCCAGAGCACUCAACAGAAACACAAACAUCAGGAUCUACUCAAAUAACAGAGACAUCUGCAUUACUAACAUUUUCCCAAGCCCCAGAGCAAUCAACAGAAUCACAAAAAUCUGAAUCUUCUCAAAUAACAGAGUCAUCAGCAUUACCAACAUUUUCAGGUUCUCCUGGAUCAUCACAAACAGUAUCUGUGACAGGAUCUGCAACUCUAACGACUAAGGGCCCAACUUUAACAGAAACAAUACAAACAACUCAAACUUUGGAGUUAUCAACAUUAAUAGGGACAGUUACUUCUGGUAUUACUGAAACCGAGGCAUCACCUGGUUCUCACACAACAGAGGCAUCAUCCUUAUCAGAAUCACCACAUUUCACUCCAACUGUACAUACAUCAACAAUCAUGGAGGAAAUACUAAAUACUUCUGGAACAUCACCAGUUGUCCCCACAUCUGGUGCUUCCCAAUCCAAAGUGACAUCAUCCCUCAUAGACACUUCCCAUUCUGCUCAUACAACAGAACCCUCUACAUUGACAGAACUGUCACAUCCAUCUGGUUUAUCACACACUUCAUCUGUGAGCCAGUCAUUGCAAACUUCUCAUACAACAGAGACUUCAACUUUAACAGAGACUGUGCAAUCAACUAAAGCAAUAGAAUCCACAACAGGAUCAUCCAUUUCUUCAGAAAAUACAGAAAGUCAUGUAACUAGUUCUCCUACAAUCGAAACAUCAACCUUAACAGAGUCACCACAUAUUACUCCAGCAGUACAACCUUCAACAGGCACAGAAACAUCAACCAUUUUCAGAACUUCACAUUCUUCCCCUGUUACCCAAACACCAAGUAGAUCCCAAGCCCCAGAGCAAUCAACAGAAUCACAAACAUCAGGAUUUACUCAAACAACAGAGUCAUCUGCAUUACCAACAUUUUCCCAAGCCCCAGAGCAAUCAACAGAAUCACAAAAAUCUGAACCUUCUCAAAUAAUAGAGUCAUCUACAUUACCAACAUUUUCACGUUCUCCUGAAUCAUCACAAACAGUAUCUGUGACAGGAUCUGCAACUGCUAAUCUAAUGACUGAUGGCCCAACUUUAACAGAAACAAUACAAUCAACUCAAACUUUGGAAUUAUCAACAUUAAUAAGGACAAUUACUUCUGGUAUUACUGAAACCGAGGCAUCACCUGGUUCUCACACAACAGAGGCAUCAUCCUCAUCAGAAUCACCACAUUUCACUCCAACUGUACAUACAUCAACAAUCAUGGAGGAAAUACCAACUACUUCUGGAACGUCACCAGUUGUCCCCACAUCUAGUGCUUCCCAAUCCAAAGUGACAUCAUCCCUCAUAGACACUUCCCAUUCUGCUCAUACAACAGAACCCGCUACAUUGACAGAACUGUCACAUCCAUCUGGUUUAUCACACACUUCAUCUGUGAGCCAGUCAUUGCAAGCUUCUCAUACAACAGAGACUUCAACUUUAACAGAGACUGUGCAAUCAACUAAAGCAAUAGAAUCCACAACAGGAUCAUCAAUUUCUUCAGAAAUUACAGAAAGUCAUGUAACUAGUGCUUCUCCUACAUUUGAAGCAUCAACCUUAACAGAGUCACCACAUAUUACUCCAGCAGUACAACCUUCAACAGGCACAGAAACAUCAAGCAUUUCCAGAACUUCACAUUCUUCCCCUGUUACCCAAACACCAAGUAGAUCCCAAGCCCCAGAGCACUCAACAGAAACACAAACAUCAGGAUCUACUCAAACAACAGAGUCAUCUGCAUUACCAACUUUUUCCCAAGCCCCAGAGCAAUCAACAGAAUCACAAAAAUCAGAAUCUUCUCAAAUAACAGAGUCAUCAGAAUUACCAACAUUUUCAGGUUCUCCUGGAUCAUCACAAACAGUAUCUGUGACAGUAUCUGCAACUGCAACUCUAACGACUGAGGGCCCAACUUUAACAGAAACAAUACAAACAACUGAAACUUUGGAGUUAUCAACAUUAAUAGGAACAAUUACUUCUGGUAUUCCUGAAACCGAGGCAUCACCUGGUUCUCACACAACAGAGGCAUCAUCCUUAUCAGAAUCACCACAUUUCACUCCAACUGUACAUACAUCAACAAUCAUGGAGGAAAUACCAACUACUUCUGGAAUGUCACCAGUUGUCCCUACAUCUAGUGCUUCCCAAUCCAACGUGACAUUAUCCCUCAUAGACACUUCCCAUUCUGCUCAUACAACAGAACCCUCUACAUUGACAGAACUGUCACAUCCAUCUGGUUUAUCACACACUUCAUCUGUGAGCCAGUCAUUGCAAGCUUCUCAUACAACAGAGACUUCAACUUUAACAGAGACUGUGCAAUCAACUAAAGCAAUAGAAUCCACAACAGGAUCAUCAAUUUCUUCAGAAAAUACAGAAAGUCAUGUAACUAGUGCUUCUCCUACAUUUGAAGCAUCAACCUUAACAGAGUCACCACAUAUUACUCCAGCAGUACAACCUUCAACAGGCACAGAAACAUCAAGCAUUUCCAGAACUUCACAUUCUUCCCCUGUUACCCAAACACCAAGUAGAUCCCAAGCCCCAGAGCACUCAACAGAAACACAAACAUCAGGAUCUACUCAAAUAACAGAGUCAUCUGCAUUACCAACAUUUUCCCAAGCCCCAGAGCACUCAACAGAAUCACAAAAAUCAGAAUCUUCUCAAAUAACAGAGUCAUCUGCAUUACCAACAUUUUCAGGUUCUCCUGGAUCAUCACAAACAGUAUCUGUGACAGGAUCUGCAACUGCAACUCUAACGACUGAGGGCCCAACUUUAACAGAAACAAUACAAACAACUCAUACUUUGGAGUUAUCAACAUUAAUAGGGACAAUUAGUUCUGGUAUUACUGAAACUGAGGCAUCACCUGGUUCUCACACAACAGAGGCAUCAUCCUUAUCAGAAUCACCACAUUUCACUCCAACUGUACAUACAUCAACAAUCAUGGAGGAAAUACCAACUACUUCUGGAAUGUCACCAGUUGUCCCCACAUCUGGUGCUUCCCAAUCCAAAGUGACAUCAUCACUCAUAGACACUUCUCAUUCUGCUCAUACAACAGAACCCUCUACAUUGACACAACUGUCACAUCCAUCUGGUUUAUCACACACUUCAUCUGUGAGCCAGUCAUUGCAAGCUUCUCAUACAACAGAGACUUCAACUUUAACAGAGACUGUGCAAUCAACUAAAGCAAUAGAAUCCACAACAGGAUCAUCCAUUUUUUCAGAAAAUACAGAAAGUCAUGUAACUAGUGCUUCUCCUACAUUUGAAGCAUCAACCUUAACAGAGUCACCACAUAUUACUCCAGAAGUACAACCUUCAACAGGCACAGAAACAUCAAGCAUUUCCAGAACUUCACAUUCUUCCCCUGUUACCCAAACACCAAGUAGAUCCCAAGCCCCAGAGCACUCAACAGAAACACAAACAUCAGGAUCUACUCAAAUAAUAGAGACAUCUGCAUUACCAACAUUUUCCCAAGCCCCAGAGCAAUCAACAGAAUCACAAAAAUCUGAACCUUCUCAAAUAAUAGAGUCAACUACAUUACCAACAUUUUCACGUUCUCCUGAAACAUCACAAACAGUAUCUGUGACAGGAUCUGCAACUGCUAAUCUAAUGACUGAUGGCGCAACUUUAACAGAAACAAUACAAACAACUCAAACUUUGGAAUUAUCAACAUUAAUAGGGACAAUUACUUCUGGUAUUACUGAAACUGAGGCAUCACCUGGUUCUUACACAACAGAGGCAUCAUCCUUAUCAGAAUCACCACAUUUCACUCCAACUGUACAUACAUCAACAAUCAUGGAGGAAAUACCAACUACUUCUGGAAUGUCACCAGUUGUCCCUACAUCUAGUGCUUUCCAAUCCAAAGUGACAUCAUCCCUCAUAGACACUUCUCAUUCUGCUCAUACAACAGAACCCUCUACAUUGACAGAACUGUCACAUCCAUCUGGUUUAUCACACACUUCAUCUGUGAGCCAGUCAUUGCAAGCUUCUCAUACAACAGAGACUUCAACUUUAACAGAGACUGUGCAAUCAACUAAAGCAAUAGAAUCCACAACAGGAUCAUCCAUUUCUUCAGAAAAUACAGAAAGUCAUGUAACUAGUUCUCCUACAAUCGAAACAUCAACCUUAACAGAGUCACCACAUAUUACUCCAGCAGUACAACCUUCAACAGGCACAGAAACAUCAAGCAUUUCCAGAACUUCACAUUCUUCCCCUGUUACCCAAACACCAAGUAGAUCCCAAGCCCCAGAGCACGCAACAGAAACACAAACAUCAGGAUCUACUCAAACAACAGAGUCAUCUGCAUUACCAACAUUUUCCCAAGCCCCAGAGCAAUCAACAGAAUCACAAAAAUCAGAAUCUUCUCAAAUAACAGAGUCAUCAGAAUUACCAACAUUUUCAGGUUCUCCUGGAUCAUCACAAACAGUAUCUGUGACAGUAUCUGCAACUGCAACUCUAACGACUGAGGGCCCAACUUUAACAGAAACAAUACAAACAACUCAAACUUUGGAGUUAUCAACAUUAAUAGGAACAAUUACUUCUGGUAUUCCUGAAACCGAGGCAUCACCUGGUUCUCACACAACAGAGGCAUCAUCCUUAUCAGAAUCACCACAUUUCACUCCAACUGUACAUACAUCAACAAUCAUAGAGGAAAUACCAACUACUUCUGGAAUGUCACCAGUUGUCCCUACAUCUAGUGCUUCCCAAUCCAACGUGACAUUAUCCCUCAUAGACACUUCCCAUUCUGCUCAUACAACAGAACCCUCUACAUUGACAGAACUGUCACAUCCAUCUGGUUUAUCACACACUUCAUCUGUGAGCCAGUCAUUGCAAGCUUCUCAUACAACAGAGACUUCAACUUUAACAGAGACUGUGCAAUCAACUAAAGCAAUAGAAUCCACAACAGGAUCAUCAAUUUCUUCAGAAAAUACAGAAAGUCAUGUAACUAGUGCUUCUCCUACAUUUGAAGCAUCAACCUUAACAGAGUCACCACAUAUUACUCCAGCAGUACAACCUUCAACAGGCACAGAAACAUCAAGCAUUUCCAGAACUUCACAUUCUUCCCCUGUUACCCAAACACCAAGUAGAUCCCAAGCCCCAGAGCACUCAACAGAAACACAAACAUCAGGAUCUACUCAAAUAACAGAGUCAUCUGCAUUACCAACAUUUUCCCAAGCCCCAGAGCACUCAACAGAAUCACAAAAAUCAGAAUCUUCUCAAAUAACAGAGUCAUCUGCAUUACCAACAUUUUCAGGUUCUCCUGGAUCAUCACAAACAGUAUCUGUGACAGGAUCUGCACCUGCUAAUCUAACGACUGAGGGCCCAACUUUAACAGAAACAAUACAAACAACUCAUACUUUGGAGUUAUCAACAUUAAUAGGGACAAUUAGUUCUGGUAUUACUGAAACCGAGGCAUCACCUGGUUCUCACACAACAGAGGCAUCAUUCUUAUCAGAAUCACCACAUUUCACUCCAACUGUACAUACAUCAACAAUCAUGGAGGAAAUACCAACUACUUCUGGAAUGUCACCAGUUGUCCCUACAUCUAGUGCUUCCCAAUCCAACGUGACAUCAUCCCUCAUAGACACUUCCCAUUCUGCUCAUACAACAGAACCCUCUACAUUGACAGAACUGUCACAUCCAUCUGGUUUAUCACACACUUCAUCUGUGAGCCAGUCAUUGCAAGCUUCUCAUACAACAGAGACUUCAACUUUAACAGAGACUGUGCAAUCAACUAAAGCAAUAGAAUCCACAACAGGAUCAUCAAUUUCUUCAGAAAAUACAGAAAGUCAUGUAACUAGUGCUUCUCCUACAUUUGAAGCAUCAACCUUAACAGAGUCACCACAUAUUACUCCAGCAGUACAACCUUCAACAGGCACAGAAACAUCAAGCAUUUCCAGAACUUCACAUUCUUCCCCUGUUACCCAAACACCAAGUAGAUCCCAAGCCCCAGAGCACUCAACAGAAACACAAACAUCAGGAUCUACUCAAAUAACAGAGUCAUCUGCAUUACCAACAUUUUCCCAAGCCCCAGAGCAAUCAACAGAAUCACAAAAAUCUGAACCUUCUCAAAUAAUAGAGUCAACUACAUUACCAACAUUUUCACGUUCUCCUGAAACAUCACAAACAGUAUCUGUGACAGGAUCUGCAACUGCUAAUCUAAUGACUGAUGGCGCAACUUUAACAGAAACAAUACAAACAACUCAAACUUUGGAAUUAUCAACAUUAAUAGGGACAAUUACUUCUGGUAUUACUGAAACUGAGGCAUCACCUGGUUCUCACACAACAGAGGCAUCAUCCUUAUCAGAAUCACCACAUUUCACUCCAACUGUACAUACAUCAACAAUCAUGGAGGAAAUACCAACUACUUCUGGAAUGUCACCAGUUGUCCCUACAUCUAGUGCUUUCCAAUCCAAAGUGACAUCAUCACUCAUAGACACUUCUCAUUCUGCUCAUACAACAGAACCCUCUACAUUGACAGAACUGUCACAUCCAUCUGGUUUAUCACACACUUCAUCUGUGAGCCAGUCAUUGCAAGCUUCUCAUACAACAGAGACUUCAACUUUAACAGAGACUGUGCAAUCAACUAAAGCAAUAGAAUCCACAACAGGAUCAUCCAUUUCUUCAGAAAAUACAGAAAGUCAUGUAACUAGUUCUCCUACAAUCGAAACAUCAACCUUAACAGAGUCACCACAUAUUACUCCAGCAGUACAACCUUCAACAGGCACAGAAACAUCAAGCAUUUCCAGAACUUCACAUUCUUCCCCUGUUACCCAAACACCAAGUAGAUCCCAAGCCCCAGAGCACGCAACAGAAACACAAACAUCAGGAUCUACUCAAACAACAGAGUCAUCUGCAUUACCAACUUUUUCCCAAGCCCCAGAGCAAUCAACAGAAUCACAAAAAUCAGAAUCUUCUCAAAUAACAGAGUCAUCAGAAUUACCAACAUUUUCAGGUUCUCCUGGAUCAUCACAAACAGUAUCUGUGACAGUAUCUGCAACUGCAACUCUAACGACUGAGGGCCCAACUUUAACAGAAACAAUACAAACAACUCAAACUUUGGAGUUAUCAACAUUAAUAGGAACAAUUACUUCUGGUAUUCCUGAAACCGAGGCAUCACCUGGUUCUCACACAACAGAGGCAUCAUCCUUAUCAGAAUCACCACAUUUCACUCCAACUGUACAUACAUCAACAAUCAUGGAGGAAAUACCAACUACUUCUGGAACGUCACCAGUUGUCCCUACAUCUAGUGCUUCCCAAUCCAACGUGACAUCAUCCCUCAUAGACUCUUCCCAUUCUGCUCAUACAACAGAACCCUCUACAUUGACAGAACUGUCACAUCCAUCUGUUUUAUCACACACUUCAUCUGUGAGCCAGUCAUUGCAAGCUUCUCAUACAACAGAGACUUCAACUUUAACAGAGACUGUGCAAUCAACUAAAGCAAUAGAAUCCACAACAGGAUCAUCCAUUUCUUCAGAAAAUACAGAAAGUCAUGUAACUAGUGCUUCUCCUACAUUUGAAGCAUCAACCUUAACAGAGUCACCACAUAUUACUCCAGAAGUACAACCUUCAACAGGCACAGAAACAUCAAGCAUUUCCAGAACUUCACAUUCUUCCCCUGUUACCCAAACACCAAGUAGAUCCCAAGCCCCAGAGCACUCAACAGAAACACAAACAUCAGGAUCUACUCAAAUAACAGAGACAUCUGCGUUACCAACAUUUUCCCAAGCCCCAGAGCAAUCAACAGAAUCACAAAAAUCAGAAUCUUCUCAAAUAACAGAGUCAUCAGCAUUACCAACAUUUUCAGGUUCUCCUGGAUCAUCACAAACAGUAUCUGUGACAGGAUCUGCAACUGCAACUCUAACGACUGAGGGCCCAACUUUAACAGAAACAAUACAAACAACUCAAACUUUGGAGUUAUCAACAUUAAUAGGGACAAUUACUUCUGGUAUUACUGAAACCGAGGCAUCACCUGGUUCUCACACAACAGAGGCAUCAUCCUUAUCAGAAUCACCACAUUUCACUCCAACUGUACAUACAUCAACAAUCAUGGAGGAAAUACCAACUACUUCUGGAAUGUCACCAGUUGUCCCUACAUCUAGUGCUUCCCAAUCCAACGUGACAUUAUCCCUCAUAGACACUUCCCAUUCUGCUCAUACAACAGAACCCUCUACAUUGACAGAACUGUCCCAUCCAUCUGGUUUAUCACACACUUCAUCUGUGAGCCAGUCAUUGCAAGCUUCUCAUACAACAGAGACUUCAACUUUAACAGAGACUGUGCAAUCAACUAAAGCAAUAGAAUCCACAACAGGAUCAUCCAUUUCUUCAGAAAAUACAGAAAGUCAUGUAACUAGUGCUUCUCCUACAUUUGAAGCAUCAACCUUAACAGAGUCACCACAUAUUACUCCAGAAGUACAAACUUCAACAGGCACAGAAACAUCAAGCAUUUCCAGAACUUCACAUUCUUCCCCUGUUACCCAAACACCAAGUAGAUCUGAAGCCCCAGAGCACUCAACAGAAACACAAACAUCAGGAUCUACUCAAAUAACAGAGUCAUCUGCAUUACCAACAUUUUCCCAAGCCCCAGAGCACUCAACAGAAUCACAAAAAUCUGAAUCUUCUCAAAUAACAGAGUCAUCUGCAUUACCAACAUUUUCAGGUUCUCCUGGAUCAUCACAAACAGUAUCUGUGACAGGAUCUGCACCUGCUAAUCUAACGACUGAGGGCCCAACUUUAACAGAAACAAUACAAACAACUCAAACUUUGGAAUUAUCAACAUUAAUAGGGACAAUUACUUCUGGUAUUCCUGAAACCGAGGCAUCACCUGGGUCUCACACAACAGAGGCAUCAUCCUUAUCAGAAUCACCACAUUUCACUCCAACUGUACAUACAUCAACAAUCAUGGAGGAAAUACCAACUACUUCUGGAACAUCACCAGUUGUCCCUACAUCUAGUGCUUCCCAAUCCAACGUGACAUCAUCCUUCAUAGACUCUUCCCAUUCUGCUCAUACAACAGAACCCUCUACAUUGACAGAACUGUCACAUCCAUCUGGUUUAUCACACACUUCAUCUGUGAGCCAGUCAUUGCAAGCUUCUCAUACAACAGAGACUUCAACUUUAACAGAGACUGUGCAAUCAACUAACGCAAUAGAAUCCACAACAGGAUCAUCCAUUUCUUCAGAAAAUACAGAAAGUCAUGUAACUAGUGCUUCUCCUAUAUUUGAAGCAUCAACCUUAACAGAGUCACCACAUAUUACUCCAGAAGUACAACCUUCAACAGGCACAGAAACAUCAACCAUUUCCAGAACUUCACAUUCUUCCCCUGUUACCCAAACACCAAGUAGAUCCCAAGCCCCAGAGCACUCAACAGAAACACAAACAUCAGGAUCUACUCAAAUAAUAGAGACAUCUGCAUUACCAACAUUUUCCAAAGCCCCAGAGCAAUCAACAGAAUCACAAAAAUCUGAACCUUCUCAAAUAAUAGAGUCAUCUACAUUACCAACAUUUUCACGUUCUCCUGAAACAUCACAAACAGUAUCUGUGACAGGAUCUGCAACUGCUAAUCUAAUGACUGAUGGCGCAACUUUAACAGAAACAAUACAAACAACUCAAACUUUGGAAUUAUCAACAUUAAUAGGGACAAUUACUUCUGGUAUUACUGAAACUGAGGCAUCACCUGGUUCUCACACAACAGAAGCAUCAUCCUUAUCAGAAUCACCACAUUUCACUCCAACUGUACAUACAUCAACAAUCAUGGAGGAAAUACCAACUACUUCUGGAACGUCACCAGUUGUCCCUACAUCUAGUGCUUCCCAAUCCAACGUGACAUCAUCCCUCAUAGACACUUCCCAUUCUGCUCAUACAACAGAACCCUCUACAUUGACAGAACUGUCACAUCCAUCUGGUUUAUCACACACUUCAUCUGUGAGCCAGUCAUUGCAAGCUUCUCAUACAACAGAGACUUCAACUUUAACAGAGACUGUGCAAUCAACUAAAGCAAUAGAAUCCUCAACAGGGUCAUUCAUUUCUUCAGUAAUUACAUCAAGUCGUACAACCAGUGGUGCAGUGCAACGUUCAACUUCUAAAAGUUCUGCUGCUACCUGUCUUCUUUAUACAAGUGGAGAUAACUGUGAGAAUGGAGACCAUCAUAUAGGUGUCAGACUAGACACAAACAACAUUCCCAAUAAGGUUAUUAAUGUCAUAGUAACAUUAAACAAAAUGUAUACUCCACAACUACAAAAUAAAUCUUCACCAGAGUUCUUGAGUCUAUCAGCUGAAAUUAACCAGCUGAACUCAACAAUGAAAGACCUAAGUGUAUCUUCUGACUCUUCUCCUAUAUCAAAUGUAUCUCAGCUGAAACAAUACAUAACAUGUGCGCUGAACUUUUUCGAUUACAACGUGACCUGUAACAAUCAAUAUUGUGAGUGCAUUGGACCUUGCGCACAGAACACUGAUUACUGUUAUGGCAAUGGCGUGUGUUACAACCGUCAAACUGGAGCAAUCUGCAUAUGUAACAACUCGUACAUGGGGCCGAGAUGUGAAAGUGUAAUUACUACAACAACAGUCACCACAACAGGGAUUGAAAAUUUGUCAACAACAUUAACAGAGUCAUUUGAAACAUCACUGGGUCCAGAGAUCAGUACUACCCAUACAUCAAACUAUUCUACAGAAACACAAAAAACAGCUACUACCGAACUAGAAUCUGAAAGAGCCUCCACCGCUGAGAUGAAUACAGGCAUGCUCUCUUCUACCAUCAAUGAAGAAAUAAGCACAUUAUCUGCAAAGCCUCUCUUCACUUCAACACAUCCAAACCUAUCAGUAUCAUCAUUUACGUCAACAACAAUAACUUCAAGAGGAGCUAGUAGUGUUACCAUAUAUACUUCCGAGACACAAAGUACUAUGGAAAUACCAAUCAUCCCAUCAAAAACAACACCCUCUGAAGAAAGUAAUGCAACUCAAACAACAAAUAUUUCAACACCUACACAGCAAUCUGGUUCUGCAAAUCCAACAUUUGAAAGUGCCUCUACCUCUGAGAUUACACAAGAGACUAGUAGUGUUAACACAUUAACAUCUGAGACACAACGUACUACAGAGCUACCAACCAUCUCAUCAGAGACAACACCAUCUGAAGAAACUAAACCCACUGAAAUAACAAAAAUUUCAACAGUUACACUGAAAUCUGCUUCUGCACAUCCAACACCUGAAAGUGCCUCCACCUCUGAGACUAUUACACAAGAGAAAAUAAGUGUCGCUACAGUAACGUCUGAGACACAAAGUACUACAGAGUUACCAUCCAUGUCAUCAGAGAUAACACCCUCUCAAGAAAUUAAUAUCACUGAAAGAACAAUUUUUCCAACAGUGACACAGCAAUCUGCUUCUGCACAUCCCACAUCUGAAAGUGCCUCCACCUCUGAGAUUAUGACACAAGAGACUAGUAGCAUUACAACAAUAACUUCUGAGACACAAAGUACUACAGAGCUACCAACCAUCUUCUCAGAGACAACACCCUCUCAAGAAAUUAAUAUCACUGAAACAACACGGUUUUCAACAGUAACACAGCAAUCUGCUUCUGCACAUCCAACAUCUGAAAGUGCCUCUACGUCUGAAAUUAUGACAAAAGAGACUAGUAGGGUUGCCAAACUAACAUCUGAGACACAGAGUGCAACUGAUCUCCCAACCAUCACAUCUAUGAUAACACCCUCUCAAGAAACCAAUACAGCUAAAAUAAAUAUUUCAACAUUUACACAGCAAUCUGCUUCUGCACAUCCAACAUCUGAAAGUGCCUCUACCUCUGUGAUUAUGACACAAGAGACUAGUAGUGUUACCACAAUAUCUUCUGAGACACAGAGUACUACAGAGCUACCAACCAUCUCAUCAGAGACAACACUCUCUCAAGAAAUCAAUACCACUGAAAUAACAAAUAUUUCCACAAUAACACAGCAUCCUGCUUCUGCACAACCAACAUCUGAAAGUGCCUCCACCUCUGAGAUUAUUACACAAGAGACUAGUAGAGUUACCAAACUAACAUAUGAGACACAGAGUCCAACUGUACUCCCAACCCUCACAUCUAUGAUAACACCCUCUCAAGAAACCAAUACCACUGAAAUAACAAAUAUGUCAACAGUUACACAGCAAUCUGCUGUUGCACAUCCAACAUCUGAAAGUGCCUCUACCUCUGAUAUUAUGACACAAGAGACUAGUAGUGUUACCACAAUAUCUUCUGAGACACAGAGUACUACAGAGCUACCAACCAUCUCAUCAGAGACAACACCCUCUCAAGAAAUUAAUAUCACUGAAAGUACACAUUUUUCAACAGUAACCCAGCAUCCUGCUUCUGCACAUCCAGCAUCUGAAAGUGCCUCCACCUCUGAGAUUAUUACAGAAGAGACUAGUAGUUUUACCAAACUAACAUCUGAGACACAGAGUGCAACUCUACUCCCAACCAUCACAUCUAUGAUAACAUCCUCUCAAGAAAACAAUACCACUGAAAUAACAAAUAUGUCAACAGUUACAGAGCAAUCUGCUUCUGCCCAUCCAACAUCUGAAAGUGCCUCUACCUCUGUGAUUACACAAGAGACUAGUAGUUUUUCCAAACUAACAUCUGGGACACAAAGUGCAACUGUACUCCCAACAAUCACAUCUACGGUAACACCCUUUCAAGAAACCAAUACCGCUGAAAUAAGAAAUAUUUCCACAGUAACACAGCAAUCUGCUUCUGCACAUCCAACAUCUGAAAGUGCCUCUACCUCUGAGAUUAUUACACAAGAGACUAGUAGAGUUACCAAACUAACAUCUGAGACACAGAGUGCAACUGUACUCCCAACCCUCACAUCUAUGAUAACACCCUCUCAAGAAAUCAAUACCACUGAAAUAACAAAUAUAUCAACAGUUACACAGCAAUCUCCUUCUGCACAACCAACAUCUGAAAGUGCCUCUACCUCUGAGAUUAUGACACAAGAGACUAGUAGUGUUACCACAAUAUCUUCUGAGACACAUAGUACUACAGAGCUACCAACCAUCUCAUCAGAGACAACACUCUCUCAAGAAAUUAAUAUCACUGAAAGUAUACAUUUUUCAACAGUAACACAGCAUCCUGCUUCUGCACAUCUAACAUCUGAAAGUGCCUCUACCUCUGAGAUUAUUAGACAAGAGACUAGUAGUGUUACCACAAUAUCUUCUGAGACACAGAGUACUACAGAGCUACCAACCAUCUCAUCAGAGACAACACCCUCUCAAGAAAUUAAUAUCACUGAAAGUACACAUUUUUCAACAGUAACCCAGCAUCCUGCUUCUGCACAUCCAGCAUCUGAAAGUGCCUCCACCUCUGAGAUUAUUACAGAAGAGACUAGUAGUUUUACCAAACUAACAUCUGAGACACAGAGUGCAACUGUACUCCCAACCAUCACAUCUAUGAUAACAUCCUCUCAAGAAAACAAUACCACUGAAAUAACAAAUAUGUCAACAGUUACAGAGCAAUCUGCUUCUGCCCAUCCAACAUCUGAAAGUGCCUCUACCUCUGUGAUUACACAAGAGACUAGUAGUUUUUCCAAACUAACAUCUGGGACACAAAGUGCAACUGUACUCCCAACAAUCACAUCUACGGUAACACCCUUUCAAGAAACCAAUACCGCUGAAAUAAAAAAUAUUUCCACAGUAACACAGCAAUCUGCUUCUGCACAUCCAACAUCUGAAAGUGCCUCUAUCUCUGAGAUUAUUACACAAGAGACUAGUAGAGUUACCAAACUAACAUCUGAGACACAGAGUGCAACUGUACUCCCAACCCUCACAUCUAUGAUAACACCCUCUCAAGAAAUCAAUACCACUGAAAUAACAAAUAUAUCAACAGUUACACAGCAAUCUCCUUCUGCACAACCAACAUCUGAAAGUGCCUCUACCUCUGAGAUUAUGACACAAGAGACUAGUAGUGUUACCACAAUAUCUUCUGAGACACAUAGUACUACAGAGCUACCAACCAUCUCAUCAGAGACAACACUCUCUCAAGAAAUUAAUAUCACUGAAAGUAUACAUUUUUCAACAGUAACACAGCAUCCUGCUUCUGCACAUCUAACAGCUGAAAGUGCCUCCACCUCUGAGACUAGUAGUGUUACCACAAUAACUUCUGAGACACAAAGUACUAAAGAGCUAGUGACCAUCUCCUCAGAGACAAAACCCUCUGAAGAAAUUAAUAUCACUGAAACAACUAAUGUUUUAACAAUAACACAGCAUCCUGCUUCUGCACAACAAACAUCUGAAAGUGCCUCCACCUCUGAGAUUAUUACACAAGAGACUAGUAGUUUUGCCAAACUAACAUCUGAGACACAGAGUCCAUCUGUACUCCCAACCAUCACAUCUAUGAUAACACCCUCUCAAGAAACGAAUACCGCUGAGAUAAAAAAUAUUUCAACAGUUACACAGCAAUCUGCUUCUGCACAUCCAACACCUGAAAGUGCCUCAACCUCUGAGAUUAUGACACAAGAGACUAGUAGUGCUACAUCAUUAACUUCUGAGAAACACAGUACUACAGAGCUACCAACCAGCUCAUCAGAGACAACACCCUCUCAGGAAAUUAAUAUCACUGAAACAACACAGUUGUCAACAGUAACACAACAUCCUGCUUCUACACAUCCAACAUCUGAAAGUGCCUCUACCUCUGAGUUUAUUACACAAGAGACUAGCAGUUUUACCAAACUAACAUCUGAGACACAGAGUGCAACUGUACUCCCAACCCUCACAUCUAUGAUAACACCCUCUCAAGAAAUCAAUACCACUGAAAUAACAAAUAUAUCAACAGUUACACAGCAAUCUCCUUCUGCACAACCAACAUCUGAAAGUGCCUCUACCUCUGAGAUUAUGACACAAGAGACUAGUAGUGCUACAUCAUUAACUUCUGAGAAACACAGUACUACAGAGCUACCAACCAGCUCAUCAGAGACAACACCCUCUCAAGAAAUUAAUAUCACUGAAACAACACAGUUGUCAACAGUAACACAACAUCCUGCUUCUACACAUCCAACAUCUGAAAGUGCCUCUACCUCUGAGAUUGUGACACAAGAGAUUAGUAGUGUUACCACAAUAUCUUCUGAGACACAGAGUACUACAGAGCUACCAACCAUCUCAUCAGAGACAACACCCUCUCAAGAAAUUAAUAUCACUGAAAGUACACAUUUUUCAACAGUAACCCAGCAUCCUGCUUCUGCACAUCCAGCAUCUGAAAGUGCCUCCACCUCUGAGAUUAUUACAGAAGAGACUAGUAGUUUUACCAAACUAACAUCUGAGACACAGAGUGCAACUGUACUCCCAACCAUCACAUCUAUGAUAACAUCCUCUCAAGAAAACAAUACCACUGAAAUAACAAAUAUGUCAACAGUUACAGAGCAAUCUGCUUCUGCCCAUCCAGCAUCUGAAAGUGCCUCUACCUCUGUGAUUACACAAGAGACUAGUAGUUUUUCCAAACUAACAUCUGGGACACAAAGUGCAACUGUACUCCCAACAAUCACAUCUACGGUAACACCCUUUCAAGAAACCAAUACCGCUGAAAUAAGAAAUAUUUCCACAGUAACACAGCAAUCUGCUUCUGCACAUCCAACAUCUGAAAGUGCCUCUACCUCUGAGAUUAUUACACAAGAGACUAGUAGAGUUACCAAACUAACAUCUGAGACACAGAGUGCAACUGUACUCCCAACCCUCACAUCUAUGAUAACACCCUCUCAAGAAAUCAAUACCACUGAAAUAACAAAUAUAUCAACAGUUACACAGCAAUCUCCUUCUGCACAACCAACAUCUGAAAGUGCCUCUACCUCUGAGAUUAUGACACAAGAGACUAGUAGUGUUACCACAAUAUCUUCUGAGACACAUAGUACUACAGAGCUACCAACCAUCUCAUCAGAGACAACACUCUCUCAAGAAAUUAAUAUCACUGAAAGUAUACAUUUUUCAACAGUAACACAGCAUCCUGCUUCUGCACAUCUAACAUCUGAAAGUGCCUCCACCUCUGAGACUAGUAGUGUUACCACAAUAACUUCUGAGACACAAAGUACUAAAGAGCUAGUGACCAUCUCCUCAGAGACAAAACCCUCUGAAGAAAUUAAUAUCACUGAAACAACUAAUUUUUUAACAAUAACACAGCAUCCUGCUUCUGCACAACAAACAUCUGAAAGUGCCUCCACCUCUGAGAUUAUUACACAAGAGACUAGUAGUUUUGCCAAACUAACAUCUGAGACACAGAGUCCAUCUGUACUCCCAACCAUCACAUCUAUGAUAACACCCUCUCAAGAAAUCAAUACCACUGAAAUAACAAAUAUUUCAACAGUUACACAGCAAUCUGCUUCUGCACAUCCAACACCUGAAAGUGCCUCUACCUCUGAGAUUAUGACACAAGAGACUAGUAGUGCUACAUCAUUAACUUCUGAGAAACACAGUACUACAGAGCUACCAACCAGCUCAUCAGAGACAACACCCUCUCAAGAAAUUAAUAUCACUGAAACAACACAGUUGUCAACAGUAACACAACAUCCUGCUUCUACACAUCCAACAUCUGAAAGUGCCUCUACCUCUGAGAUUGUGACACAAGAGACUAGUAGGGUUACCAAACUAACAUCUGAGACACAGAGUGCAACUGUACUCCCAACCCUCACAUCUAUGAUAACACCCUCUCAAGAAAUCAAUACCACUGAAAUAACAAAUAUUUCAACAGUUACACAGCAAUCUGCUUCUGCACAUCCAACAUCUGAAAGUGCCUCUACCUCUGAGAUUAUGACACAAGAGACUAGUAGUGUUACCACAAUAUCUUCUGAGACACAGAGUACUACAGAGCUACCAACCAUCUCAUCAGAGACAACACCCUCUCAAGAAAUUAAUAUCACUGAAAGUACACAUUUUUCAACAGUAACCCAGCAUCCUGCUUCUGCACAUCCAGCAUCUGAAAGUGCCUCCACCUCUGAGAUUAUUACAGAAGAGACUAGUAGUUUUACCAAACUAACAUCUGAGACACAGAGUGCAACUCUACUCCCAACCAUCACAUCUAUGAUAACAUCCUCUCAAGAAAACAAUACCACUGAAAUAACAAAUAUGUCAACAGUUACAGAGCAAUCUGCUUCUGCCCAUCCAACAUCUGAAAGUGCCUCUACCUCUGUGAUUAUACAAGAGACUAGUAGUUUUUCCAAACUAACAUCUGGGACACAAAGUGCAACUGUACUCCCAACAAUCACAUCUACGGUAACACCCUUUCAAGAAACCAAUACCGCUGAAAUAAGAAAUAUUUCCACAGUAACACAGCAAUCUGCUUCUGCACAUCCAACAUCUGAAAGUGCCUCUACCUCUGAGAUUAUUACACAAGAGACUAGUAGAGUUACCAAACUAACAUCUGAGACACAGAGUGCAACUGUACUCCCAACCCUCACAUCUAUGAUAACACCCUCUCAAGAAAUCAAUACAACUGAAAUAACAAAUAUAUCAACAGUUACACAGCAAUCUCCUUCUGCACAACCAACAUCUGAAAGUGCCUCUACCUCUGAGAUUAUGACACAAGAGACUAGUAGUGUUACCACAAUAUCUUCUGAGACACAUAGUACUACAGAGCUACCAACCAUCUCAUCAGAGACAACACUCUCUCAAGAAAUUAAUAUCACUGAAAGUAUACAUUUUUCAACAGUAACACAGCAUCCUGCUUCUGCACAUCUAACAGCUGAAAGUGCCUCCACCUCUGAGACUAGUAGUGUUACCACAAUAACUUCUGAGACACAAAGUACUAAAGAGCUAGUGACCAUCUCCUCAGAGACAAAACCCUCUGAAGAAAUUAAUAUCACUAAAACAACUAAUUUUUUAACAAUAACACAGCAUCCUGCUUCUGCACAACAAACAUCUGAAAGUGCCUCCACCUCUGAGAUUAUUACACAAGAGACUAGUAGUUUUGCCAAACUAACAUCUGAGACACAGAGUGCAACUGUACUCCCAACCAUCCCAUCUAUGAUAACACCCUCUCAAGAAACGAAUACCGCUGAGAUAACAAAUAUUUCAACAGUUACACAGCAAUCUGCUUCUGCACAUCCAACACCUGAAAGUGCCUCAACCUCUGAGAUUAUGACACAAGAGACUAGUAGUGCUACAUCAUUAACUUCUGAGAAACACAGUACUACAGAGCUACCAACCAGCUCAUCAGAGACAACACCCUCUCAAGAAAUUAAUAUCACUGAAAGUACACAUUUUUCAACAGUAACCCAGCAUCCUGCUUCUGCACAUCCAGCAUCUGAAAGUGCCUCCACCUCUGAGAUUAUUACAGAAGAGACUAGUAGUUUUACCAAACUAACAUCUGAGACACAGAGUGCAACUGUACUCCCAACCUUCACAUCUAUGAUAACAUCCUCUCAAGAAAACAAUACCACUGAAAUAACAAAUAUGUCAACAGUUACAGAGCAAUCUGCUUCUGCUCAUCCAACAUCUGAAAGUGCCUCUACCUCUGUGAUUACACAAGAGACUAGUAGUUUUGCCAAACUAACAUCUGAGACACAGAGUCCAACUGUACUCCCAACAAUCACAUCUAUGAUAACACCCUCUCAAGAAACGAAUACCACUGAGAUAAAAAAUAUUUCCACAGUAACACAGCAAUCUGCUUCUGCACAUCCAACAUCUGAAAGUGCCUCUACCUCUGAGAUUAUUACAGAAGAGACUAGUAGGGUUACCAAACUAACAUCUGAGACACAGAGUGCAACUGUACUCCCAACCCUCACAUCUAUGAUAACACCCUCUCAAGAAAACAAUACCACUGAAAUAACAAAUAUGUCAACAGUUACAGAGCAAUCUGCUUCUGCCCAUCCAACAUCUGAAAGUGCCUCUACCUCAGUGAUUACACAAGAGACUAGUAGUUUUUCCAAACUAACAUCUGGGACACAAAGUGCAACUGUACUCCCAACAAUCACAUCUACGGUAACACCCUUUCAAGAAACCAAUACCGCUGAAAUAAAAAAUAUUUCCACAGUAACACAGCAAUCUGCUUCUGCACAUCCAACAUCUGAAAGUGCCUCUACCUCUGAGAUUAUUACACAAGAGACUAGUAGAGUUACCAAACUAACAUCUGAGACACAGAGUGCAACUGUACUCCCAACCCUCACAUCUAUGAUAACACCCUCUCAAGAAAUCAAUACCACUGAAAUAACAAAUAUAUCAACAGUUACACAGCAAUCUCCUUCUGCACAACCAACAUCUGAAAGUGCCUCUACCUCUGAGAUUAUGACACAAGAGACUAGUAGUGUUACCACAAUAUCUUCUGAGACACAUAGUACUACAGAGCUACCAACCAUCUCAUCAGAGACAACACUCUCUCAAGAAAUUAAUAUCACUGAAAGUAUACAUUUUUCAACAGUAACACAGCAUCCUGCUUCUGCACAUCUAACAUCUGAAAGUGCCUCCACCUCUGAGACUAGUAGUGUUACCACAAUAACUUCUGAGACACAAAGUACUAAAGAGCUAGUGACCAUCUCCUCAGAGACAAAACCCUCUGAAGAAAUUAAUAUCACUGAAACAACUAAUUUUUUAACAAUAACACAGCAUCCUGCUUCUGCACAACAAACAUCUGAAAGUGCCUCCACCUCUGAGAUUAUUACACAAGAGACUAGUAGUUUUGCCAAACUAACAUCUGAGACACAGAGUCCAUCUGUACUCCCAACCAUCACAUCUAUGAUAACACCCUCUCAAGAAACCAAUACCGCUGAGAUAAAAAAUAUUUCAACAGUUACACAGCAAUCUGCUUCUGCACAUCCAACACCUGAAAGUGCCUCAACCUCUGAGAUUAUGACACAAGAGACUAGUAGUGCUACAUCAUUAACUUCUGAGAAACACAGUACUACAGAGCUACCAACCAGCUCAUCAGAGACAACACCCUCUCAAGAAAUUAAUAUCACUGAAACAACACAGUUGUCAACAGUAACACAACAUCCUGCUUCUACACAUCCAACAUCUGAAAGUGCCUCUACCUCUGAGUUUAUUACACAAGAGACUAGCAGUUUUACCAAACUAACAUCUGAGACACAGAGUGCAACUGUACUCCCAACCCUCACAUCUAUGGUAACACCCUCUCAAGAAAUCAAUACCACUGAAAUAACAAAUAUUUCAACAGUUACACAGCAAUCUGCUUCUGCACAUCCAACACCUGAAAGUGCCUCUACCUCUGAGAUUAUGACACAAGAGACUAGUAGUGCUACAUCAUUAACUUCUGAGAAACACAGUACUACAGAGCUACCAACCAGCUCAUCAGAGACAACACCCUCUCAAGAAAUUAAUAUCACUGAAACAACACAGUUGUCAACAGUAACACAACAUCCUGCUUCUACACAUCCAACAUCUGAAAGUGCCUCUACCUCUGAGAUUGUGACACAAGAGACUAGUAGGGUUACCAAACUAACAUCUGAGACACAGAGUGCAACUGUACUCCCAACCCUCACAUCUAUGGUAACACCCUCUCAAGAAAUCAAUACCACUGAAAUAACAAAUAUUUCAACAGUUACACAGCAAUCUGCUUCUGCACAUCCAACACCUGAAAGUGCCUCUACCUCUGAGAUUAUGACACAAGAGACUAGUAGUGCUACAUCAUUAACUUCUGAGAAACACAGUACUACAGAGCUACCAACCAGCUCAUCAGAGACAACACCCUCUCAAGAAAUUAAUAUCACUGAAACAACACAGUUGUCAACAGUAACACAGCAUCCUGCUUCUGCACAUCUAACAUCUGAAAGUGCCUCUACCUCUGAGAUUAUGACACAAGAGACUAGUAGUGUUACCACAAUAUCUUCUGAGACACAGAGUACUACAGAGCUACCAACCAUCUCAUCAGAGACAACACCCUCUCAAGAAAUUAAUAUCACUGAAAGUACACAUUUUUCAACAGUAACCCAGCAUCCUGCUUCUGCACAUCCAGCAUCUGAAAGUGCCUCCACCUCUGAGAUUAUUACAGAAGAGACUAGUAGUUUUACCAAACUAACAUCUGAGACACAGAGUGCAACUGUACUCCCAACCAUCACAUCUAUGAUAACAUCCUCUCAAGAAAACAAUACCACUGAAAUAACAAAUAUUUCAACAGUUACACAGCAAUCUGCUUCUGCACAACCAACAUCUGAAAGUGCCUCUACCUCUGAGAUUAUUAGACAAGAGACUAGUAGUGUUACCACAAUAUCUUCUGAGACACAGAGUACUACAGAGCUACCAACCAUCUCAUCAGAGACAACACCCUCUCAAGAAAUUAAUAUCACUGAAAGUACACAUUUUUCAACAGUAACCCAGCAUCCUGCUUCUGCACAUCCAGCAUCUGAAAGUGCCUCCACCUCUGAGAUUAUUACAGAAGAGACUAGUAGUUUUACCAAACUAACAUCUGAGACACAGAGUGCAACUGUACUCCCAACCAUCACAUCUAUGAUAACAUCCUCUCAAGAAAACAAUACCACUGAAAUAACAAAUAUGUCAACAGUUACAGAGCAAUCUGCUUCUGCCCAUCCAACAUCUGAAAGUGCCUCUACCUCUGUGAUUACACAAGAGACUAGUAGUUUUUCCAAACUAACAUCUGGGACACAAAGUGCAACUGUACUCCCAACAAUCACAUCUACGGUAACACCCUUUCAAGAAACCAAUACCGCUGAAAUAAAAAAUAUUUCCACAGUAACACAGCAAUCUGCUUCUGCACAUCCAACAUCUGAAAGUGCCUCUAUCUCUGAGAUUAUUACACAAGAGACUAGUAGAGUUACCAAACUAACAUCUGAGACACAGAGUGCAACUGUACUCCCAACCCUCACAUCUAUGAUAACACCCUCUCAAGAAAUCAAUACCACUGAAAUAACAAAUAUAUCAACAGUUACACAGCAAUCUCCUUCUGCACAACCAACAUCUGAAAGUGCCUCUACCUCUGAGAUUAUGACACAAGAGACUAGUAGUGUUACCACAAUAUCUUCUGAGACACAUAGUACUACAGAGCUACCAACCAUCUCAUCAGAGACAACACUCUCUCAAGAAAUUAAUAUCACUGAAAGUAUACAUUUUUCAACAGUAACACAGCAUCCUGCUUCUGCACAUCUAACAGCUGAAAGUGCCUCCACCUCUGAGACUAGUAGUGUUACCACAAUAACUUCUGAGACACAAAGUACUAAAGAGCUAGUGACCAUCUCCUCAGAGACAAAACCCUCUGAAGAAAUUAAUAUCACUGAAACAACUAAUGUUUUAACAAUAACACAGCAUCCUGCUUCUGCACAACAAACAUCUGAAAGUGCCUCCACCUCUGAGAUUAUUACACAAGAGACUAGUAGUUUUGCCAAACUAACAUCUGAGACACAGAGUCCAUCUGUACUCCCAACCAUCACAUCUAUGAUAACACCCUCUCAAGAAACGAAUACCGCUGAGAUAAAAAAUAUUUCAACAGUUACACAGCAAUCUGCUUCUGCACAUCCAACACCUGAAAGUGCCUCAACCUCUGAGAUUAUGACACAAGAGACUAGUAGUGCUACAUCAUUAACUUCUGAGAAACACAGUACUACAGAGCUACCAACCAGCUCAUCAGAGACAACACCCUCUCAGGAAAUUAAUAUCACUGAAACAACACAGUUGUCAACAGUAACACAACAUCCUGCUUCUACACAUCCAACAUCUGAAAGUGCCUCUACCUCUGAGUUUAUUACACAAGAGACUAGCAGUUUUACCAAACUAACAUCUGAGACACAGAGUGCAACUGUACUCCCAACCCUCACAUCUAUGAUAACACCCUCUCAAGAAAUCAAUACCACUGAAAUAACAAAUAUAUCAACAGUUACACAGCAAUCUCCUUCUGCACAACCAACAUCUGAAAGUGCCUCUACCUCUGAGAUUAUGACACAAGAGACUAGUAGUGCUACAUCAUUAACUUCUGAGAAACACAGUACUACAGAGCUACCAACCAGCUCAUCAGAGACAACACCCUCUCAAGAAAUUAAUAUCACUGAAACAACACAGUUGUCAACAGUAACACAACAUCCUGCUUCUACACAUCCAACAUCUGAAAGUGCCUCUACCUCUGAGAUUGUGACACAAGAGAUUAGUAGUGUUACCACAAUAUCUUCUGAGACACAGAGUACUACAGAGCUACCAACCAUCUCAUCAGAGACAACACCCUCUCAAGAAAUUAAUAUCACUGAAAGUACACAUUUUUCAACAGUAACCCAGCAUCCUGCUUCUGCACAUCCAGCAUCUGAAAGUGCCUCCACCUCUGAGAUUAUUACAGAAGAGACUAGUAGUUUUACCAAACUAACAUCUGAGACACAGAGUGCAACUGUACUCCCAACCAUCACAUCUAUGAUAACAUCCUCUCAAGAAAACAAUACCACUGAAAUAACAAAUAUGUCAACAGUUACAGAGCAAUCUGCUUCUGCCCAUCCAACAUCUGAAAGUGCCUCUACCUCUGUGAUUACACAAGAGACUAGUAGUUUUUCCAAACUAACAUUUGGGACACAAAGUGCAACUGUACUCCCAACAAUCACAUCUACGGUAACACCCUUUCAAGAAACCAAUACCGCUGAAAUAAGAAAUAUUUCCACAGUAACACAGCAAUCUGCUUCUGCACAUCCAACAUCUGAAAGUGCCUCUACCUCUGAGAUUAUUACACAAGAGACUAGUAGAGUUACCAAACUAACAUCUGAGACACAGAGUGCAACUGUACUCCCAACCCUCACAUCUAUGAUAACACCCUCUCAAGAAAUCAAUACCACUGAAAUAACAAAUAUAUCAACAGUUACACAGCAAUCUCCUUCUGCACAACCAACAUCUGAAAGUGCCUCUACCUCUGAGAUUAUGACACAAGAGACUAGUAGUGUUACCACAAUAUCUUCUGAGACACAUAGUACUACAGAGCUACCAACCAUCUCAUCAGAGACAACACUCUCUCAAGAAAUUAAUAUCACUGAAAGUAUACAUUUUUCAACAGUAACACAGCAUCCUGCUUCUGCACAUCUAACAUCUGAAAGUGCCUCCACCUCUGAGACUAGUAGUGUUACCACAAUAACUUCUGAGACACAAAGUACUAAAGAGCUAGUGACCAUCUCCUCAGAGACAAAACCCUCUGAAGAAAUUAAUAUCACUGAAACAACUAAUUUUUUAACAAUAACACAGCAUCCUGCUUCUGCACAACAAACAUCUGAAAGUGCCUCCACCUCUGAGAUUAUUACACAAGAGACUAGUAGUUUUGCCAAACUAACAUCUGAGACACAGAGUCCAUCUGUACUCCCAACCAUCACAUCUAUGAUAACACCCUCUCAAGAAAUCAAUACCACUGAAAUAACAAAUAUUUCAACAGUUACACAGCAAUCUGCUUCUGCACAUCCAACACCUGAAAGUGCCUCUACCUCUGAGAUUAUGACACAAGAGACUAGUAGUGCUACAUCAUUAACUUCUGAGAAACACAGUACUACAGAGCUACCAACCAGCUCAUCAGAGACAACACCCUCUCAAGAAAUUAAUAUCACUGAAACAACACAGUUGUCAACAGUAACACAACAUCCUGCUUCUACACAUCCAACAUCUGAAAGUGCCUCUACCUCUGAGAUUGUGACACAAGAGACUAGUAGGGUUACCAAACUAACAUCUGAGACACAGAGUGCAACUGUACUCCCAACCCUCACAUCUAUGAUAACACCCUCUCAAGAAAUCAAUACCACUGAAAUAACAAAUAUUUCAACAGUUACACAGCAAUCUGCUUCUGCACAUCCAACAUCUGAAAGUGCCUCUACCUCUGAGAUUAUGACACAAGAGACUAGUAGUGUUACCACAAUAUCUUCUGAGACACAGAGUACUACAGAGCUACCAACCAUCUCAUCAGAGACAACACCCUCUCAAGAAAUUAAUAUCACUGAAAGUACACAUUUUUCAACAGUAACCCAGCAUCCUGCUUCUGCACAUCCAGCAUCUGAAAGUGCCUCCACCUCUGAGAUUAUUACAGAAGAGACUAGUAGUUUUACCAAACUAACAUCUGAGACACAGAGUGCAACUGUACUCCCAACCAUCACAUCUAUGAUAACAUCCUCUCAAGAAAACAAUACCACUGAAAUAACAAAUAUGUCAACAGUUACAGAGCAAUCUGCUUCUGCCCAUCCAACAUCUGAAAGUGCCUCUACCUCUGUGAUUAUACAAGAGACUAGUAGUUUUUCCAAACUAACAUCUGGGACACAAAGUGCAACUGUACUCCCAACAAUCACAUCUACGGUAACACCCUUUCAAGAAACCAAUACCGCUGAAAUAAGAAAUAUUUCCACAGUAACACAGCAAUCUGCUUCUGCACAUCCAACAUCUGAAAGUGCCUCUACCUCUGAGAUUAUUACACAAGAGACUAGUAGAGUUACCAAACUAACAUCUGAGACACAGAGUGCAACUGUACUCCCAACCCUCACAUCUAUGAUAACACCCUCUCAAGAAAUCAAUACAACUGAAAUAACAAAUAUAUCAACAGUUACACAGCAAUCUCCUUCUGCACAACCAACAUCUGAAAGUGCCUCUACCUCUGAGAUUAUGACACAAGAGACUAGUAGUGUUACCACAAUAUCUUCUGAGACACAUAGUACUACAGAGCUACCAACCAUCUCAUCAGAGACAACACUCUCUCAAGAAAUUAAUAUCACUGAAAGUAUACAUUUUUCAACAGUAACACAGCAUCCUGCUUCUGCACAUCUAACAGCUGAAAGUGCCUCCACCUCUGAGACUAGUAGUGUUACCACAAUAACUUCUGAGACACAAAGUACUAAAGAGCUAGUGACCAUCUCCUCAGAGACAAAACCCUCUGAAGAAAUUAAUAUCACUAAAACAACUAAUUUUUUAACAAUAACACAGCAUCCUGCUUCUGCACAACAAACAUCUGAAAGUGCCUCCACCUCUGAGAUUAUUACACAAGAGACUAGUAGUUUUGCCAAACUAACAUCUGAGACACAGAGUGCAACUGUACUCCCAACCAUCCCAUCUAUGAUAACACCCUCUCAAGAAACGAAUACCGCUGAGAUAACAAAUAUUUCAACAGUUACACAGCAAUCUGCUUCUGCACAUCCAACACCUGAAAGUGCCUCAACCUCUGAGAUUAUGACACAAGAGACUAGUAGUGCUACAUCAUUAACUUCUGAGAAACACAGUACUACAGAGCUACCAACCAGCUCAUCAGAGACAACACCCUCUCAAGAAAUUAAUAUCACUGAAAGUACACAUUUUUCAACAGUAACCCAGCAUCCUGCUUCUGCACAUCCAGCAUCUGAAAGUGCCUCCACCUCUGAGAUUAUUACAGAAGAGACUAGUAGUUUUACCAAACUAACAUCUGAGACACAGAGUGCAACUGUACUCCCAACCUUCACAUCUAUGAUAACAUCCUCUCAAGAAAACAAUACCACUGAAAUAACAAAUAUGUCAACAGUUACAGAGCAAUCUGCUUCUGCUCAUCCAACAUCUGAAAGUGCCUCUACCUCUGUGAUUACACAAGAGACUAGUAGUUUUGCCAAACUAACAUCUGAGACACAGAGUCCAACUGUACUCCCAACAAUCACAUCUAUGAUAACACCCUCUCAAGAAACGAAUACCACUGAGAUAAAAAAUAUUUCCACAGUAACACAGCAAUCUGCUUCUGCACAUCCAACAUCUGAAAGUGCCUCUACCUCUGAGAUUAUUACACAAGAGACUAGUAGAGUUACCAAACUAACAUCUGAGACACAGAGUGCAACUGUACUCCCAACCCUCACAUCUAUGAUAACACCCUCUCAAGAAAACAAUACCACUGAAAUAACAAAUAUGUCAACAGUUACAGAGCAAUCUGCUUCUGCCCAUCCAACAUCUGAAAGUGCCUCUACCUCAGUGAUUACACAAGAGACUAGUAGUUUUUCCAAACUAACAUCUGGGACACAAAGUGCAACUGUACUCCCAACCCUCACAUCUAUGAUAACACCCUCUCAAGAAAACAAUACCACUGAAAUAACAAAUAUUUCAACAGUUACAGAGCAAUCUGCUUCUGCCCAUCCAACAUCUGAAAGUGCCUCUACCUCAGUGAUUACACAAGAGACUAGUAGUUUUUCCAAACUAACAUCUGGGACACAAAGUGCAACUGUACUCCCAACCCUCACAUCUAUGAUAACACCCUCUCAAGAAAACAAUACCACUGAAAUAACAAAUAUUUCAACAGUAACACAGCAAUCUGCUUCUGCACAUCCAACAUCUGAAAGUGCCUCUACCUCUGAGAUUGUGACACAAGAGACUAGUAGUGUUACCACAAUAUCUUCUGAGACACAGAGUACUACAGAGAUACCAACCAGCUCAUCAGAGACAACACCCUCUCAAGAAAUUAAUAUCACUGAAACAACACAGUUGUCAACAGUAACACAACAUCCUGCUUCUACACAUCCAACAUCUGAAAGUGCCUCUACCUCUGAGAUUGUGACACAAGAGAUUAGUAGUGUUACCACAAUAUCUUCUGAGACACAGAGUACUACAGAGCUACCAACCAUCUCAUCAGAGACAACACCCUCUCAAGAAAUUAAUAUCACUGAAAGUACACAUUUUUCAACAGUAACCCAGCAUCCUGCUUCUGCACAUCCAGCAUCUGAAAGUGCCUCCACCUCUGAGAUUAUUACACAAGAGACUAGUAGUUUUACCAAACUAACAUCUGAGACACAGAGUGCAACUGUACUCCCAACCAUCACAUCUAUGAUAACAUCCUCUCAAGAAAACAAUACCACUGAAAUAACAAAUAUGUCAACAGUUACAGAGCAAUCUGCUUCUGCCCAUCCAACAUCUGAAAGUGCCUCUACCUCUGUGAUUACACAAGAGACUAGUAGUUUUUCCAAACUAACAUCUGGGACACAAAGUGCAACUGUACUCCCAACAAUCACAUCUACGGUAACACCCUUUCAAGAAACCAAUACCGCUGAAAUAAGAAAUAUUUCCACAGUAACACAGCAAUCUGCUUCUGCACAUCCAACAUCUGAAAGUGCCUCUACCUCUGAGAUUAUUACACAAGAGACUAGUAGAGUUACCAAACUAACAUCUGAGACACAGAGUGCAACUGUACUCCCAACCCUCACAUCUAUGAUAACACCCUCUCAAGAAAUCAAUACCACUGAAAUAACAAAUAUAUCAACAGUUACACAGCAAUCUCCUUCUGCACAACCAACAUCUGAAAGUGCCUCUACCUCUGAGAUUAUGACACAAGAGACUAGUAGUGUUACCACAAUAUCUUCUGAGACACAUAGUACUACAGAGCUACCAACCAUCUCAUCAGAGACAACACUCUCUCAAGAAAUUAAUAUCACUGAAAGUAUACAUUUUUCAACAGUAACACAGCAUCCUGCUUCUGCACAUCUAACAUCUGAAAGUGCCUCCACCUCUGAGACUAGUAGUGUUACCACAAUAACUUCUGAGACACAAAGUACUAAAGAGCUAGUGACCAUCUCCUCAGAGACAAAACCCUCUGAAGAAAUUAAUAUCACUGAAACAACUAAUUUUUUAACAAUAACACAGCACCCUGCUUCUGCACAACAAACAUCUGAAAGUGCCUCCACCUCUGAGAUUAUUACACAAGAGACUAGUAGUUUUGCCAAACUAACAUCUGAGACACAGAGUCCAUCUGUACUCCCAACCAUCACAUCUAUGAUAACACCCUCUCAAGAAACCAAUACCGCUGAGAUAAAAAAUAUUUCAACAGUUACACAGCAAUCUGCUUCUGCACAUCCAACACCUGAAAGUGCCUCAACCUCUGAGAUUAUGACACAAGAGACUAGUAGUGCUACAUCAUUAACUUCUGAGAAACACAGUACUACAGAGCUACCAACCAGCUCAUCAGAGACAACACCCUCUCAGGAAAUUAAUAUCACUGAAACAACACAGUUGUCAACAGUAACACAACAUCCUGCUUCUACACAUCCAACAUCUGAAAGUGCCUCUACCUCUGAGUUUAUUACACAAGAGACUAGCAGUUUUACCAAACUAACAUCUGAGACACAGAGUGCAACUGUACUCCCAACCCUCACAUCUAUGGUAACACCCUCUCAAGAAAUCAAUACCACUGAAAUAACAAAUAUUUCAACAGUUACACAGCAAUCUGCUUCUGCACAUCCAACACCUGAAAGUGCCUCUACCUCUGAGAUUAUGACACAAGAGACUAGUAGUGCUACAUCAUUAACUUCUGAGAAACACAGUACUACAGAGCUACCAACCAGCUCAUCAGAGACAACACCCUCUCAAGAAAUUAAUAUCACUGAAACAACACAGUUGUCAACAGUAACACAACAUCCUGCUUCUACACAUCCAACAUCUGAAAGUGCCUCUACCUCUGAGAUUGUGACACAAGAGACUAGUAGGGUUACCAAACUAACAUCUGAGACACAGAGUGCAACUGUACUCCCAACCCUCACAUCUAUGAUAACACCCUCUCAAGAAAUCAAUACCACUGAAAUAACAAAUAUUUCAACAGUUACACAGCAAUCUGCUUCUGCACAUCCAACAUCUGAAAGUGCCUCUACCUCUGAGAUUAUGACACAAGAGACUAGUAGUGUUACCACAAUAUCUUCUGAGACACAGAGUACUACAGAGCUACCAACCAUCUCAUCAGAGACAACACUCUCUCAAGAAAUUAAUAUCACUGAAAGUACACAUUUUUCAACAGUAACCCAGCAUCCUGCUUCUGCACAUCCAGCAUCUGAAAGUGCCUCCACCUCUGAGAUUAUUACAGAAGAGACUAGUAGUUUUACCAAACUAACAUCUGAGACACAGAGUGCAACUGUACUCCCAACCAUCACAUCUAUGAUAACAUCCUCUCAAGAAAACAAUACCACUGAAAUAACAAAUAUGUCAACAGUUACAGAGCAAUCUGCUUCUGCCCAUCCAACAUCUGAAAGUGCCUCUACCUCUGUGAUUAUACAAGAGACUAGUAGUUUUUCCAAACUAACAUCUGGGACACAAAGUGCAACUGUACUCCCAACAAUCACAUCUACGGUAACACCCUUUCAAGAAACCAAUACCGCUGAAAUAAGAAAUAUUUCCACAGUAACACAGCAAUCUGCUUCUGCACAUCCAACAUCUGAAAGUGCCUCUACCUCUGAGAUUAUUACACAAGAGACUAGUAGAGUUACCAAACUAACAUCUGAGACACAGAGUGCAACUGUACUCCCAACCCUCACAUCUAUGAUAACACCCUCUCAAGAAAUCAAUACAACUGAAAUAACAAAUAUAUCAACAGUUACACAGCAAUCUCCUUCUGCACAACCAACAUCUGAAAGUGCCUCUACCUCUGAGAUUAUGACACAAGAGACUAGUAGUGUUACCACAAUAUCUUCUGAGACACAUAGUACUACAGAGCUACCAACCAUCUCAUCAGAGACAACACUCUCUCAAGAAAUUAAUAUCACUGAAAGUAUACAUUUUUCAACAGUAACACAGCAUCCUGCUUCUGCACAUCCAGCAUCUGAAAGUGCCUCCACCUCUGAGACUAGUAGUGUUACCACAAUAACUUCUGAGACACAAAGUACUAAAGAGCUAGUGACCAUCUCCUCAGAGACAAAACCCUCUGAAGAAAUUAAUAUCACUAAAACAACUAAUUUUUUAACAAUAACACAGCAUCCUGCUUCUGCACAACAAACAUCUGAAAGUGCCUCCACCUCUGAGAUUAUUACACAAGAGACUAGUAGUUUUGCCAAACUAACAUCUGAGACACAGAGUGCAACUGUACUCCCAACCAUCCCAUCUAUGAUAACACCCUCUCAAGAAACGAAUACCGCUGAGAUAACAAAUAUUUCAACAGUUACACAGCAAUCUGCUUCUGCACAUCCAACACCUGAAAGUGCCUCAACCUCUGAGAUUAUGACACAAGAGACUAGUAGUGCUACAUCAUUAACUUCUGAGAAACACAGUACUACAGAGCUACCAACCAGCUCAUCAGAGACAACACCCUCUCAAGAAAUUAAUAUCACUGAAAGUACACAUUUUUCAACAGUAACCCAGCAUCCUGCUUCUGCACAUCCAGCAUCUGAAAGUGCCUCCACCUCUGAGAUUAUUACAGAAGAGACUAGUAGUUUUACCAAACUAACAUCUGAGACACAGAGUGCAACUGUACUCCCAACCUUCACAUCUAUGAUAACAUCCUCUCAAGAAAACAAUACCACUGAAAUAACAAAUAUGUCAACAGUUACAGAGCAAUCUGCUUCUGCUCAUCCAACAUCUGAAAGUGCCUCUACCUCUGUGAUUACACAAGAGACUAGUAGUUUUGCCAAACUAACAUCUGAGACACAGAGUCCAACUGUACUCCCAACCAUCACAUCUAUGAUAACACCCUCUCAAGAAACGAAUACCACUGAGAUAAAAAAUAUUUCCACAAGACUAGUAGAGUUACCAAACUAA